AUGGUGGAAACUACCUUGCCCAACACCCCAUGCCAAGCAAGGGAAAUCAGGACCAUCACCAGCCUUACACAACUGCUGCCUGGUGGCCAGGCAGAUUUGGGUCUGCUACACCAGGAAGGAGACCCGUCAACUACUGAUCUGAAUGCACUUCCACCACCCUGGGAAGACAUUAACUCCUUGUGGGGACACAAGGACCUGCCCAAAAUUUGGAAGACUAAGCUGUCGGAUGAAGAAAGCCUGGCUGGUGGACACAGGAGCACCCUGCCAGCUCAUGAGCAAACAGGAAUUCUGUCUUACAGUUCAUCUGCUCAUAUAAUCAGCACAUGUAGAGGUCUGAGUACACAAGCAUACACGCAGUAUACAAUGGACUAUAUAGUGGAAUAUGACUAUGAUGCAGUGCACGAUGAUGAGCUGACGAUCCGAGUUGGGGAAAUCAUCAAGAAUGUGAAAAAACUGGAGGAAGAAGGAUGGUUAGAAGGGGAGCUAAAUGGCAAAAGGGGCAUGUUCCCUGACAAUUUUGUGAAGGAAGUUAAGAAGGAUGUAGAGCCCAAGGAUGAUGCCGUACCAGUCAGGAGGGAGAAAUCUGGCAAUGUAGCCAGUCUUGUGCAGCGUAUGAGCAGCUAUGGGCUUCCAGCAGGAGGAUUUCAGCCUCAUCCCCCAUCCAAAUGCUUCAAGAAGAGGUCCGGGUGCAAGAAGCGGCAGUGCAAAGUGCUCUUCGAGUAUGCCCAGCAGAAUGAGGAUGAGCUGGACCUCAAGGUGGGGGAUGUGAUUGACAUCAUUGAAGAGGUAGAAGAAGGCUGGUGGAGUGGAACACUAAAUGGCAAGACAGGGAUGUUUCCUUCAAACUUUGUGAAAGAAUUGGAGUUGCCAGAUGAUGGAGAAACACAGGACAGUCUGGAUGACACAGAGUCUGUUUUCAGUGGUCCUACCUCACCUGUAGUGUCUCCAGGAAAUGGGAGUGAACCUGGAUCUGGUCCAGCACAGCCAAAGAAAAUCCGAGGUGUUGGGUUUGGAGAUAUUUUUAAAGAAGGCUCAGUGAAACUUAAGACAAGAUUAUCCAGUAAUGAAUCAGAAGAUAAAAAACAAGAUAAGCCAUCACCUAACCACCUCCCUGGAACAAAGCUAAUUCAUUUUACCAGUACAACAAAGCCUGAAAACUCACCAGAAGUAGUAAAAUCAGAAGCUGAAAGUAAACCAAAAGCCAAGGAAUAUUGCAGGACAGUAGUUUCCUAUGAAGGCUCAAAUGACAAACUCAGCUUUAAAGAAGGCGAGAUCAUCCAGAUAAUCAGUAAGGACACUGGAGAGUCGGGCUGGUGGAAAGGAGAACUGAAUGGUAAAGAGGGAGUCUUCCCAGAUAUUUUUGCUGUCCAAAUACAAGAGUCUGAUAAAGACUUCCCUAAGUCAAAGAAACCUCCACCUCCAGUUAAAAGUCCAGCUCCAAAGCCUGAAUUGCCAGCUGGGGAGAAGAAAUUCUCUCCUUGGAGGCCUGAAGAAAAAGAUGAAAAGGGAGUUUUGGAUCAGAAGCCUUUGAAGCCACAAGCUCCUCAAGUACCACCCAAGAAGCCUAUUCCUCCUAGCAAGACCAACAACUUACUGAGAGCAGGGCUUCUGCACCCAAAACGUCCUGAUAAACCUGUUUUGCCAUCAUCUGUAUCCAGAUCUAAUGGAGAAGUUGUUUCUCUUCGACCAAAAUCUGAAGUUGAGCCAGUAGCAAAACCAAAGUUAGACUCAGAAUCAUUGCCACUUAGACCAAAAUCAGUAGAGGUAGAUUCACUUGUGCUAAAGAACUCUAAAGAAUCAGAUCUGUUAAGCUUUGAUGAUGUAAUAGCUACCUCAGAUAAUUUAUCUCAUCCUACUGCAAGCCGACCCAAGAUGCCUGGUAGGAGGCUGCCUUCACGUUUCAAUAGCAGUAAUCCUGCAAGUCAAAAUGUGAGUCCAGAAAAAAGUUUGAAGGUACAGAAAGAAGAAGAAAGUGCCAAACCAAAGCCAGUUGAAACAAAAAAGCCAUCUGCAGUCAGUACACCAAUUCCAUCUUCAUCUCAGAGACCAAGUUCUGUUAUACUCAACUUCCUUCCUGGAGAUGUCCAACUUAAAGGAGAAAUGGAUGAUGAAAAAAAUUCUGUGGAAGAACUCAGGACUCAGAUUAAUGAUUUGUUGGCCUUAGUAGAUGCACUGAAGAAAGAACAUGGGAGAGAACUGGAAAAACUAAAGAAGGAUUUGGAAGAAGAGAAGCUGUUGCGAAGUCAUCUGGAGCUUGAAAUAGAAAAGUUGAAGAAAGCAGUGAUGUCUACAUGAGACAGCUAUGGACUCAAUGUUUUAAACUCACCAGGAAUUCUAAGCUGAGUGCAAGGAGAACUGACUCUUAUUUUAUAAUGGAUGCUGGUGUUCUACAGUUUUAAA